AUCAUCCUUAAUUGCCUGUGUUCAUGUCUUUAUAUCUCUAACCAUAACAUAAAAAAUAAUGAAAAAAUUCAAGAUUUCUAAAGAAGACAGCUCUGGAACUCAUAUACGUUUUGCCUCUCCAUCUGAUUCUCAGCUUAUGGAAUUGGAGCAAAUCCGCAUUUUGAAACCUGAUGAUGACGAAGAAAUGGAGUCACCAUCACAAACAGAGGAAAAUUUAGGUGUGGUUCCUCUGUCUUGUGCGUUUACGAGACAAGAACAUUGCGUUUCCGAGACGAAAGAACGCGAAGAAUCGAUUAGAAGACUAAGCAGCCUUAUUUUUCUUUACCUGAUCGUUAUGUCUGUACAGAUUGUGGGAGGUUUUAAGGCAAAUAGUCUUGCGGUUAUGACGGAUGCUGCACAUUUGUUGUCGGAUGUGGCGGGUUUGUGUGUCUCUUUGUUGGCCAUUAAGGUCUCGAGCUGGGAAGCGAAUCCGAGAAACUCGUUUGGGUUUAAACGGCUUGAAGUUUUAGCGGCGUUCUUGUCUGUUCAGCUCAUAUGGCUUGUCUCUGGAGUUAUCAUCCAUGAAGCCAUUCAAAGACUAGUUAGUAGAAGCAGAGAGGUUAAUGGAGAAAUCAUGUUUGGGAUUUCGGCUUUCGGGUUUUUCAUGAACUUGGUUAUGGUCCUUUGGUUAGGACAUAACCAUAACCACCACCACCACCACCACCACCACCACCAUCAACAUCAUCAUCAUCAACAUCAUCACAAGGAGGUGAUGGCCGAAGAGGAGGAGGAGGAAAUGAAUCCUUUAAAAGGUGAGAAAUCGUCGUCAAAGGAGAUGAACAUUAACAUACAAGGAGCUUACCUUCACGCGAUGGCUGAUAUGAUUCAGUCACUAGGUGUUAUGAUCGGUGGAGGUAUCAUUUGGGUUAAACCGAAAUGGGUUUUGGUUGAUUUGAUUUGCACUCUUGUUUUCUCUGCCUUUGCUCUUGCUGCUACUUUACCAAUGCUCAAGAACAUAUUUGGAAUACUGAUGGAGCGGGUACCGCGUGAUACGGACAUAGAGAAGCUCGAGAGAGGACUUAAGCGUAUCGAUGGAGUUAAGAUUGUUUAUGAUCUCCAUGUAUGGGAGAUAACAGUUGGGAGAAUCGUAUUAUCGUGUCAUAUCUUACCAGAGCCUGGAGCUAGUCCUAAAGAGAUCAUUACUGGUGUUAGGAAUUUCUGUAGGAAGUCUUGUGGGAUUUAUCAUGUAACUAUUCAGGUUGAAUCAGAGUAGCUGAAAGGAGAGAGUUUCUUUUGUAUGUUGUUUGCUUGAGAACAUCUUUAGAUAGAACAAGAAAGGAAAUUUUAAAUUUUCCUGUUUGAAUAUAGAAAACAUCUUAAA